CCCCUAGUGGGUAGGUGCCAUUCGUUAAGGAGUCAACAUAUCGACAAAGCAGCAACAUCAACUCGAAGAACAAAGAAGCACAGCAGCUGACUGACCACCAGCUAUGCCGCCCAUCAGGCCUGCGUUGGCUCCGCGAGGACCAGCGGCAGCCGCAGGCGGAGCACAAAGAUUACGGGCUCCUGCAGUGAGAGCUCCGUUGCAGAAGCCACAAGUUCCGGAGCAAUCCAUCGUGUGCGCACCCGGCCUUGAGUACCUGGCCCUCAUCGAUCAAAUUAUAAUACAGCAGGACGUGGAGCUCUUAGAAGCUUUCACUGGCAUCGAAACUUGCAAUGCCUACACAGCGAAGAACUCGAUGGGCCAGUUUAUAUACCACAUCACCGAAAAUUCGGGUUGUUGUGCAAGGUGCUGCUGCGGGCCGAGGCGAUGCCUGGAAAUGGACGUUCGCGACUACAAGAGCUCCGUAGUGAUGCACUUCGUGCGGCCACUGCGAUGCGUGCACACGAUGGUUUGCUGCGUUUGCUGGUGUUGCUGCUUGCAGGUGAGCAGCUGCGCGUUCUCUCGUUAAGCUUAAGAG